AGCUUUACCUAAAGAAGCAUAAAUAGAAAAAGCCAACUUUACAUCUCAGAGAAUGAGAAUCAAUGGUACGGAACAUGCAUAGCUUGAUGCAAGUUAGUUGUUUUCCAUGUCAAAAGGAAUGGCAGAUCACAAAAAUAUAAGCUCAAUGAUUCCCACAAAAAAGCAGUAAGACCUUUUUUCAGCUAUUAACAUGGAGCCAACUUGGAACUUGAUUUCAAAAGCUGAAGAUUCUCAAUAUUCCACUUUUAUGCAUUGUUAUAUAGUGUCAUCCUCGGAGAUAAAAUACCCCACAUGACUCACAAUUUGAUAACUGAAGCCUCUUGAGUUGCAUUUAUAGGGAAAAGAGAUGAACAUGAAGACAUUCAACAAAGUUCAAAUUCUCUAUUAUUUGUUCGUCUUCCAUACCACACUAUGUACUCCUAUAGAACAGCAUAAUCAUACCAACUACUGCAGUGAUAGGAAAACUGAAUCACAUUUCUUGAAUCCAAAUUCUUCUAUUAUGUCCCUAUUAAGCAACAUCACCAUAUGCAGAUCUCAGAAUCUCUACUUGAGAACAUCUAUUGGACUUUUCCAAGUUUCUUCACUUGACUAUAAUGCUAGAUUACUAACCAUAUCUCACCCUUGUUCUUCUUCUCUCCAUUAUAUUUCUCCUCUGGCUGUUACUGCAGGCUUUCAUUCUCCUCCAGAACCUAACUCACUCCUUCUUUUCAACUGUUCAAGCACAAUAGAUUCCAUUCCACCAUUUAUCCGAAAUGGCAAAGGCUUGCUACAUAACUGUGGACAUGCUGCUUCAACUUCUUCUAGGAUUCAACAGCAAGAGAAGAAUCCAAAUUCAUGUUUAGUUAUUGAGGAUCUUCAAAAGUUUAACAAGGACUUUCAUCCUAAACAUUUGAACUGCUCUCAUUAUAGCUGGAUGCAUAGAAGCUCCUCAAAUGGCGAAGCUGAAGGGUAUGUGUUGGGAACAUGGAUGUCCUUUGAUGUGCCAAAUCAUGUGGAAGAUCUUUGUAAAGAGCGUGAAAAGCCCUAUGGCAACUGUGGUGUAGGGCUGAAGUGUUUAUGUCACGCAAAAGAGUGCAAAGACAAGAUCAUCUCAGAAAGUGGGUCCACGAAAUCUGUUGGUAAUAAUGUUCUUUUCUCUUUCCUUUCUUUCAUUGGUGUUGUUGCUUUCUUCAAGGAUGUAUAGGUAGCAUUUUUUAAGGAUGAAGAUCUUCUUGAUCAGCAAAACUUUGUUGCUAUAUAUCUGUCAGAAAUAACAGAGAUUGAGAUUUCAAGAGUAAUACAAUCAAAAACCUUCAAUUUCUGGGUGUACUCUGUAUAAGAAUUUGUGAAUCUCACUGUAAAGAAACAAUACUAUUUUUUCUUGCUACGUUUACCCAAGACUUAAAAGGACAUAUUUUUUGGAUUGAAUGUAUAUCAUUAGGC